AUGCCCUUGGAGCUGCAGGAGCGCUACCUCAGCCUCCGUAGCAAGAUCAUUGGUCCCGUUGACCAGUGUUCUCGUGAGGCGCCCAUCAAGGAGGACGGGGGCUGGGUGAAAGGCACCGAGUUCGAGCAUCUCGUGCUCGACAAGGGCCUGAAAGGUACUGCUGACCGUAAGCGUAUCUAUGCUAUCACCCAGUCCCAGCAGGCCCAGAAUGGUGUCCUGUCCCCCAACGCGGAGGCUAAGUCCUUCAUGGGUGGCGAUGGUGAGGAUGCGAAGAUACGUAGGGAGCUUGCAAAGGUGGGCGGUGAACUUGGAGUUCACGUCAUCCGCACUGUCCAGCCUGAGCUUCACCACUGCAUGGAGCUGCAGGCCAAGCUCCUCGGGUACUUCCGCCCGGGGAGUGUGGACAAUGUAUGCUUUGGUGGGAGCCAGUUCAACAUCUCCACGCCUGAUUACCUGACAGAGCUGUUGGCUGCAGUGCGCCUCAAAUUCCAAAUUCCAAAGGCCUAA